AUGGCCAAAAGUCUGGGAGGUUUUGCUAGUACCCAGUAUCUGCUUUCUUUCAGAGAUGAAACUCAGCGAUCCUACUCCAUAAGGGAACAACUACCGCUUUUAGAUCGGUCGAACCAACGGACAAGACGGGCAGGGUCCGAGGGGGACAGCGUCAACGGCGGCUCUGCCUCGGGCACCGCCAGCAGCGCGCACCCGGAAGUUGUUUCCUUGUCUCUGUAUUUGGCAAAGGUAGGACUGCGGAAGAGCCAUGCUAACCAUAAGGAAGAGGGGACUUGUUUUAUAGGGAGUAAGAGACUGAUAACGCAGAACCCCCCCCAGACCAAGUGCCUUCAAAGUGUCCUGAAAGAAGUGGAGCUCAUCCGGAGCUCCAGGGAUGGACAAAUUGAAGAAGCAAUUAGGUUCAAUCAAGAACUGGAAAGAGAGCUGAAGAGCUCUCAGGAAGCUCUAGUCAACCUGGAAGACUGCAACCGUAACCUGAAGAGGGAACAAGCGGAAAUGAGGAAAAAGGUUGAAGAAGCAAGACACGCGGUCCUUAACAGUCUUGGCAAAGUGAAGGAGCUAGAAGUGAAAGCUAACAAAGUGCCACAUUUGCAAAUAUACAUUCAGCAGCUAGAAUCGGAACUGCAGCAUUAUAGAUCAGAAAUCAUGAAAUGUCAGCCUCCUUCAAGCAGCAGCCCAGAGCAGAAAGAAGGAACAGCUUCACCGGAUGGAAGUUACGGCUUAUCUGCUGCGCAACAAGAUCGAAGAUCUCCCACUGGUGGCACUGGCGUUUCAGAGAACGUCGAGGAUCAGAUGUUCCGAUCGGUGGAGGGCCAGGCCGCCUCUGACGAAGAGGAGGAGAAGUGGACAGGAGACCAACAGUCCCAAGAGGCUGAAGUGAAUAAAAUACUGGCCCAACUCCCUUGUUGUGGCAGUGGAUGUGAUGAAAAAAUGAGGAAAAAGUUGAUGUCUUAUUUUGGGACAACCAAAACUGAUAACUAUCAAGCAGCCUCUGUGGAGCUAGCAGGAAGAAUCACACAGCUAACUGAACAGCUCGAGCUCAAAGGGCAUAAAGUGAAAAAACUGGAAACAAAUAUGGAAGAGAUGAAAGGCCCAUUGCUAGGUGAACUGCAGCAAAAGGUGGAGGAGACCGAAUUGUUGAAGAUGGAGCUACAGAUGUUGGAGACUGAGAGAGUUAGGCUGUCACUCGUGGAAGAAAAGCUCAUGGAUGUUUUACAGCUUCUUCAACAGCUUCAAGACUUGAACAUAUCUAAGCGAGCCUUGGGGAAAAUCUUGCUGAGCACUUUGGAAUCCUGCCGUGACCCCCAAAAUGGAAAAGCCCACCUAUUUGAAGUCCUAGAUACUCUUUACCAUGAGUUGACUGCCUGUGAACUCUUACAAAGUCAACCUCUGGAGCAGGCGCAGAAUCACCAGUCCUUGUCUAACCCGCUGGUCAUCUCGUGCUGAGCAACAGUGCCGACGACAGCUCCUCAGAGCCUGCCAAACAGCAGCCGCUGCUCAUUCAAACAACAGACGAAUGAAUAAGAUUUGACCAAUUCAAAGGAGCUCAAUAAUGGAGAAGAGUAGCAGAAUAAUUAAGCCACGAAAUCAAAGGUAUGCUGCUUCUGGGAAGAGCGCUAAUUCCUCAGCUAACUUCAAAGUCAUUCCUUAUUUGAAUGAGCGUUCACAGGACGUGAGGACUACUUAACAGUGGCCGUCUCCGACAGGAGCCUAACCAGUUAUGGCCCUGUAACUGCACUGGCUAAACAAACACGUAUUCCCGUUACACUUGCAAAUACACAGAAGUAUUCCAAUUUUGUGAUAACAGAAUCAUUUUAUCCAAAAGCAAAAGACAGCCUUUCUAGUCACCGGCAAGUAAGCUGUGUUCUAAACGUACAAGGGGCAAAACUACUAUAUUAUAAAUAUACACAUAUGAAUAUAGGCCAGUAGUGCAAGUUAAAUACUCAUGUAUAAAACGUAUGUUUGUAUGUUUCUAUAUAUGUGAAUACAAUUAUUGACCCUAUUUAACUCUAAAGUUAGAUUUAUGUUACUGUUCUGCUGAAUUUUAUAUUUGUAAUUGCAGAAACACCUUAGAAAUCUGCAACUGUCCUCACUGAUGAUAGUCUUAGAUUUUAUACUAAAAGUUACAUUUAACUGCUUGAAAAAUGCACAAAGCAAUCUUGUUUCCAGGCUCUCAGGGAAAGGAAAGACUGAAAAAUUCACUUUGCGACAGCUGCCAUCAUUGCAUUAGCAAAUGACACGUGGAGUACACGACUUCGUUCUCCGUUUAAUUUCCCUCAGUGCAACUGCAGCGACACAGACAUAGGUCCCACCUGCAGACGAAUGGAAGUAAAACGCUGGGCCUAAUCAUGGCACCACAUAACAUUUUAAUCAGCAAUAAAGUAAUUCCCUGGGGGCAAAAGUAAAAAAAACAGGUUGCUGCCAAGUUGCCUUUGCUGUUUCAUUCCACUGUCGAACACAGAAACUAAAGAAGCAGAGUUCUUAAAACACCCAAUUGAAUUUAUGUUACUAAAAAGAUGUACUGUAGUAGUUCUAAAAAUAUGAAACAAUUUGCCUGAGAUAAUGCCAGCAAUGGAAUAAGACCAUUAAAUUCAGAAUUGUGUACAUACUAAUUUUUUCCAUGAAAGUGGAUUUCAUACGGGAAAAAAAAGUUUGUAUCACAAUGCAAUUUGGGGAUUGAGGAGAUUUCUAUUCCUUUUUAUUCAUAAUUCACUGUAUAGCUCACAUAGGUCUCCCAUCCAAAACUGCACUACGUUACUUAACGUUUUGAAACAUGCUGGUAGCAAAAACAUGCAGUAGACACUUUCAUUUCAUUUUAGAGAAAAAGGUGUUUGGCAAACAAUGGGUCAAACAUUGUUUGUUCAAUGGUGUUACCUGGGAUUUUUUCUGGUUUAACAGAGGAAGUUUAUAAAAAGAUAUAUAUUCAAUAUAGAUAUAUUUUUUCACAGUAGAUUUUUCAUCAAAAUAAUUUAGACAGGGCAGAUAGACAUAGUGCAAUAUUCGCUCUAAGAGACCUGUAUGCUAAUACUACAUAUAGCACUAACUGUAAUAUUAAAUACAAUACACUAAUACUUAGUAUACUAAGCAGUAUACUAAGAACAAUACAUACUAAAUGCGCAACAAGUAAAAAUUACCUAAAAUGGGCAGGAGUUAACUCCCCGUUUGGGUUCAUUUUCUACAAAAGCAAGAACAAUUAUUAGCUCAUGUUCGGUAUAGUUCUCUUGGACUUUCCUAGGAAUACUGUAUAUGUAUAAAGAGAGAAAAUGCCAGUAAAGCAUUAAAUAUGCAUGAUCUGUGCGUAUACUUGACAGAAAAGACACUUCAGGAAUAGGAUUACAAUGCAAAUACAUACCUGAUUACGAAUUCUCUCAAGCACUACAGUAUUCUUUCAUGAUAUGAAUUAAUACUGCUUGUUGUAUACUCUCUCUCCAUAUAUACAUGUAUUUGUAGAAUUUAUACACUUAUGUAUACCUUAGUAUUGCUAAUUGCAUACUUUGGGGAUCUUUUUUCACCACUGAGUUUCUAUUUCACUUUCUAAUAUAUUUCUAGAAAUCUAGACUAUUAAGUAGACUGAUGUGCUAAUGACAAAACGGGGGACGAGCAAUACAGUCCGAGUACUGCACAGCUUAUCCAAGCAGCAGUGCAGCUGUAGUUGGAAGCUGAAAAAUGUCAUUGGAAACACUGGUUAUUUCUGGUGUUAAGGAAGAAGCAAACAGCUGAGAUUAAAGGAAGGUUUUGUGAAUAAAUAAAAAGCAGUUAACUGAUCUAGGAAGGACCAAAACUGUAUCUUGUUAAAUUAAGUUCAAGUACUGUAACAUUUUCUAUUUCUCUAAGAAAUGGCUAAAAAUCAGAAUGAUUUUGAUAUAUCAGUAUGUCCAGGGGUAAUGGAUUAUGAAGGAAGUCAGACCUGCUGUAUUUUCAUAAGAAACUCUGCUCUUCAGGACUGAUUAAGAAACAACCAUCAGUCAAAUCCUUACUGGAAAUCUGUGGCAGAGUGAAGUAUUUUACUUCAAAAUAGUUUCUUUGUGACCUUAAAAUUGAUUCUUUUCUUAAAUACUUUUACCUUUUUUUAUACUGGGUCUGAGAACAGUGUUGCUGAGGCUGACAAAUAUUUCACAUGAACCUAUAUAAAUAUGUGAUUUUAAAUCAACGUAAAUGAGAAAUUUCCAGUUCUGCCUCAGAAGAAGUAGGCUUCAAUAGUACAAUUUACAAUUUGGAACACGUUCAAAAGAGACUGCACAGAAGCCCUGGAAAGUAAAGCUGGUGUUUCAAAGUCUCCAACCGUAAGUUUUGGUUUUCUUAAUGGCGUAGCUCCCGAGUCAAGUGAUUAUAGCAGAUUUCAGCUACCUUUUUGUUAAAAUGUCUUACUUUUCUGAGCAUGGGAAUGUAUCUCAGAUAAACAGCAAAUAAAAAUACUAUCUGAUCAGGA